CCACUUAUGACUUUAUGGCGCUGGCAAUAAUGUUUUAUCUUUUAUCAGCGAUACGAGUUGAGAAGUGAAACAUUUUCAUUAUUGGUUAUUAACGUCUUACAGUAGUUUGGAAAAGCGCUAAAGACUUAAAGGUGAUAACAAAAUGUUGGUGUGACUUUUAAAAACUGAAAAGUGCUAAUCGAUUAAAUUAAAAUGGCGCAAGCAUGUAACAUGGACCACAAUUACAAACUAGAAAAGAAAUAUCUUGAACUGAAGAGAAUGGUUAUAGAGAAAACGGAGGAAUUAAAAAGAAGAGAUCAAAUAAUAGCCCUCUUAGAAAACGAGAUUGAUGAAAAAGAUGCAACGAUAAGAUAUUUAAAGAACGAGAUUGAUAAAUUCAGACAAGUGGUUAAACCUUUGACGAGACAAAUAAUCGGAAACCAUAGGAAUGGAUUGGAGGAAGACGAGUGUUUCGUUAUGAAGGCACCUGGUAUGGAGAAUACCAGGAUAUUACCGUUGGGUGAACCGCGGCUUAAACGGACAGCGAUCUCGGCUGAACCACUUUCUUCACUUUCCCAGGAACAUGAAAUGAAACUGUUGAAAAUACCGAAAAAACAAAAAUCACGGGAGUUGAUCAAGAGCGCCAUCUUGGACAACGACUUCAUGAAGAAUCUGGAGAUGACCCAGAUCCGCGAGAUCGUGGACUGCAUGUACCCCGUGGAGUACGCGGCCGGCAGCCUCAUCAUCAAGGAGGGAGAUGUCGGCAGCAUAGUGUAUGUCAUGGAAGGUCUAAAGAAUGGAAAUGAGUAA